CUUAAAAAUUUAUAGUGUUUGUUGUUUGUGCGUUUAUUUUAGUGAACUUAGUAAAUUUCUACUAUUUUUGAAGAAAUAAGCCCUGAAAAUGAGCAGCAGUGACGAUAACUCGAUAAAUUCUGAAGAAGAGGAGCUUAAUGACGGAGAUAGAACAGCUAUCAGGGCUGAAUUAUCCUCUUUAUCGUUUGAAGAGCUUCAGAAACUUAAAGAAAGGAUAGGUGCUAAGGUGUACAAGGAAGCCUUGUUUGGGAAAAAUGACAAGCAAAUGGUAAAGAGUGUGCCAAAAGUCUUCAAAAGGGAAAACAAAAACAGACCGCGUGAGAUGAGCUCGAAAAAACCUGUUCCUAUGAUUCUGGACGUGCCUAAGGUGAAGAAGAAAGAAGUUCGUGACCCCAGGUUCGACCCUCUAUGCGGUGAAUUCAAUAAAAAGGAAUUCUCAGACAACUAUAAUUUUCUGUCAGAUAUACGCAUGAAAGAUAUUAAAGCCAUCAGAGCCGAGCUGAAGGAGACUACCGACCCAGAGAAAGAGAAGCAGCUCCGUAGACUGUUACAGAGAAUGAACGACCAGCACAAGGCCACCAAGAAGAAGAAGGAAGAGAGAGAACUCAAACACAAGAAGAAGACAGAAGUAGAGCAAACAUUUAGGGAAGGAAAACAUCCACACUUCAAAAACAAAUCUGAGAGUCGAGUUGAGGCUUUAGUGAGACAAUAUGAGGAGCUGAAGAAGGAAGGCACUGGACGCAUCCAGAGACAUCUAAAGAGACGCCAACAGAAGGUCAAGAAACGCUCCCACAAGGCACCCACUGGAGUCAGUUGAUGGAGAAGCUGUAUAAAUUAAAAUAAAUAAAAGUAAGUUGUUAGAAAUGACGGACUUUCCCUCCCAUUUUCCCCAAAGUAAAAUAGAUGAUGCUUUACAAAUAUAACGGGAUAUUUUAUUUACCUAUUUUCUUAUUGCUCACAUACUUACAUAAAUAAAAAAACGUAAUGGCCGAGGCAUAUAUAAAAAAAAUAUUAUUGAUUAGAUCAGAUAUUAAGUAUUAGUACUAUGUGGCUCCCUAUAAUGCUUCACUUUAUUUUGAUCACAAGGAUAAGGAGGAGAAGGUAAUGAAUGGAAAAUGUGUUGUUCCUGGGUGUAAUAACAAGGGUGAUCACCUCAUUUAUACCCAAAAACAAAGAUGAAAGAUGCACAUGUCUGUUAUUCAUGAGAUGGUUAAACAAAGGCAAUGUUGUACAGCACCAUCUAUUUUUUUGUCGGGGAAUGUGGCCUCAAUGUAUCUAUAGUGUUAUGUAAAAUGUUUCAUGUGCAUAUCAUCAUCAUCAGCCCAUUAACGUCCUUCACGGGCCUUCCCUAUGGAUGGAUAGGGAGAUCGGGCCUUAAUCCAUCACGCGGGCCCAGUGCUGAUUGAUGGUUAUUAACGACUGCUAAUGCAGCCGGGACCAACGGCUUAACGUGCCUUCCGAAGCACGGAGGAGCUCGAGAUGAAAACUUUUUUUGUGGUCACCCAUCCUAUGACCGACCUUUGCGAAAGUUGCUUAACUUCAACAAUCGCAGACCGAGCGCGUUUACCGCUGCGCCUUCGAGCUCCUCAAUGUACAUAAUAAUAUAUUGAUUGUAAUUAAAUGUUUUAAUUUUAGAUUCAUUUUCAUAAUAUUUGUUUAUGUACACUUAAAUUCUAUGUAAGUAAUUUGGUAAUAUAUCGUCACUGGAAUGGCAAAAUUACGUUAUCGCCAAAAUAUCCUAAAAUAGCAGUCUAUGUUAUGGUAAUUAUGUAUUGCUAGAUCCAAAAAAUGAAAAAAAAAAACAAUGUAGGUAAUCGUACGUGGACUUCGUCGAAAUUGGAUAAAUGGGUAAAAAAUUUUGAGAAAUACUUUAAACGGAUUUUUCUCGAAAUUGCCUCUUGGCGAUUAAAUAAUUUUGCCUUUCGACGAAAUAAUCUAUGUACGAGUACACUAACGCAUAUUUAUGAAACACGACUCACGUUCGCGCCUCACCCAGCAGGGCCCACGUAAUACCAGCGUCGUGGUUCACGCCGCGACUUGUGCUGAGUGAGGCCCUUUUAUCUCAGGACGUCCACCACCUUAUAAUCAUUUUAAUGAACAUUCUCUAUGUUAUUUUUGUAAUUGCUCUGUGAAAAUUUUAAGUUAUGUUAUAGUCUUGUUUUUGUGUGUGGCAUCCUUUUAUAAUAAACAAUUUCUAUUCUA